AUGUAUAAUAAAAUUAAAAUUCUCAGUUUUUUUUGUUUGGCUGCUAGUGGAACAUAUUAUAUUUAUAGAUAUAAAAAAAAUGAACUGAAGCAUCUAUUACAUUUUUUACUUUUUAAAAGAAAAAAAGAAGAUAAGAAAAAUAAUAUUGAUAAUAUAAAAGAAGAUAAUUUAAAUGAAAAUAUAUCCACCAUAAAUGAAGAAAAUAAAUCAAAUUCUACAGAAGCAAAUAUCUUGAAUGAAAAUGUAUCAGUAAUAACUAAAGAAGAGGAAUCAGAUUUUAUUGAAAUAAAUAAUUUAAAUGAAAAUGAAAAACUUCAAGACACAGAAGAAAAUGAUGUAAAUACAAAGAAAAUGAAACAUUCAUCAGAUGAUGAAAAUAUAAUGACAGAUGUAGAAGAUAUAAAUAAUAUUAAUGAUAGAACAAAUUACACAGUUGUUCAAAUAAAAAAAAGAAAUAAUAAAAAAAAUAACGCAAAAGAAAUUUCAAAAGAAGAAGAAGAGGAAGAAAUAAAUGGAAAAAAAGAAAUAAAGGAUAAUUAUAAUUAUAAAGAAAAUAAUAUAAUAAUACCAGAAAAUUAUAAAAUAUAUUUUAAGUCAUUUGGUUGCGCACAUAAUAGUUCAGAUUCUGAAUUUAUGAUGGGUUUAUUAAGUAAUUAUGGAUUUAAAUUCGUUAAAAAUAUUGAAGAUUGUGAUAUUUGUAUUAUUAAUAGUUGUACUGUAAAAAACCCAAGUGAAGAAAGUAUGAAAACAAUAAUUAAUUAUGUAAAAAAGUUAAACAAUUCUAUUAAUAAUAAAACGAAAAAUUCAAAGAAUUUAGAAUAUUUGUCUACUUCAUCAUCUGGAUUUUCUGAAUUUGAAGAUAAUGAUUGUGAAAACAAAGGGACAAAUUAUUCUACUAAUAAUUCUUAUGCAUGUUCUGAUAAUAAGAAAGAUUGUGCUUGUAAUAUAAAAAAUUACAAUGAAAUAAAUGAUAAAUCGGAUAUAUUGGGAAAAAACACAAAUAAUGAAAAAAGUGAUGAAUUAAUAGGUAUCAAGAAAAAAAAGAAAAUAAUAAAAAGUAAUAAAAAAAAUAUCAAAAUUAUUGUUUGUGGAUGCGUUCCACAAGCAGAAAAAGAUAUGAAGAUUUUUGAAAAUAUUUCUUUAGUUGGAGUAAAUAAUAUUGAUAAAAUAGUAGAUGUUGUGGAAAAUGUUAUAAAUGGAUAUAAUGUAAAAUAUUUAAGAACUAGUAAAAAAAUGACUUCUCUAAAUCUUCCGAAGAUAAGAAAAAAUAAAUUUAUUGAAAUUAUAAAUAUUAAUAAUGGAUGUUUAGGAAAUUGCACAUAUUGUAAAACAAAAUUCGCGAGAGGUGACUUAAUGAGUUAUGAAAUAAACGACAUUAUUGAUAGAGUAAAAUAUGUUUCUAAUGAAGAAAAUAUAAAAGAAAUUUGGUUAACAUCAGAAGACACCGGUGCAUAUGGUAUCGAUUUAAACACAGAUAUUGUAAAACUAUUAAAACGGUUAUUAGAUAGUGUUCAAAAUGGAGAUGUUAUGAUAAGACUAGGAAUGACUAAUCCUCCAUAUAUUUUAAAACACAUUAAAGAUAUAUGUAAUUUAUUGAAACAUAAAAAUAUGUAUGAAUUUAUUCACAUACCAGUUCAAAGUGGUAGUAAUAAUGUCUUAAAAAAUAUGAACAGAGAAUAUAAUAUUGAAGAUUUUAUAUUUUUAGUAGAUAAUUUAAGAAAAUAUGUUCCAAAUAUAACUAUAUCCACUGACAUUAUAUGUGGAUUUCCAUAUGAAACUGAAAAAGAUCAUAAUGAAACAGUUAAUUUAAUUAAAAAAUAUAAAUUUCCUAUUUUAAAUAUUUCUCAAUUUUACCCUAGAAGUGGCACUGUAGCAUUUAAUAUGAAAAAAAUUAAUACCAAAAUUGUUAAAAAGAGAUCUAGAGAAGUCACCGAUGCUUUUCUAUCAUAUAAUAGUAAUUAUAACUAUUUAAAAGGAACAAUUCAAAAAGUAUUAUUCACUGAAUUGUCUACUAAAAGUGAACAUAUAAUAGGUCAUACAAAACAAUAUGUUAAAGUACUUUUACCAAAUAAACGCAAUGAAAAUAUUCAUUUGUUAGGUCAUUUUUCUUUAUGCAAAAUAACUUCAACUCAUAAAUGGCAUGUUGUUGCUGAAUUGCAAUCUUAA